UUGUUCUGCAGAAGGUUGAGAGUUUGGUUUCUUGUUUAUAGGAGCUCUUGCAUGUAGUGAGGGAACGUGAACAAGCGACUUCUUCAUGAAUUAUGUUUUGCACAUUCACUUUGGAGUUUGGGUAUCGCAUAUGGGUAUUUCUGCGCCAUUCUAAAUAAUAAUAUCUAUGAAUAAUAAUAUGCCUGAAAGAUGAGUGAAGCAAAUUGAAACUUAAAUAUAAACUUAUUCGAUUUUCAAAAGAAAGCAGUGACCGUAGGUGGGCAGAUCUGUGUGGUUAGUUGGAUUUUAAAAAGAUGUCAGAAUAUUCCAAAGGGAUUAAUUUGAUGCCUGGGUAUAUCCAUGAGGAGGGGCAAACACAGAAAACCAAGUCAAAAUUUUCGUGUGUAAAUUCAAACAAGCUUCCUAAAAUAUUAUAAUAAUGAUAAUAAUAAUAGCAAUAAUGCUUAUGAGAUUAUACCAUUUUUUUUCUAAGAAUUUUUAACUCUCUACCAAUUUGGCUUCCAAAAUACAAAGUUUCAGCAAUCUUGUGAAAAUCCGCAGCUGUGAAGAGACAUCUUAAUUCCUGUGCCCCCAGAGAACAGUAUUUCAUGUGCAGUAGCACACUUGUACUGACAGCUGUCAUUCGUGCACCUACAGACAAGACAGCUCAUCCUGUCUCUUCUUUGGGGAGAGCAAAGGACAGUGGAUACGGGAUGAAUCGGUGAGGGCGCUGGGGCUGGAGAAGCUCAGGGUAACAGAGAUGGAGCAAAUGUAGAGAUCAAACCCACAAAUUAAAACAAAAAUGUUUUUCAUUACUUUUCUGCUUAUAAAACAGCUUGUUAACAAAUAUAUUGCUUGACCAGAUGCUGGUUUUGGAUCCCAAGUAACAGUUAGAGCUGAAAAAGCCAGAAGGUUUGACAAUAGUUUUUAUACAAGUCCUGCAAGGAUAUUAUUCAGGGCUAAUUUCAGUAAAGUUACCAUUUUUGUACAAGUUUCUUCUAAGGAAUGAUAAAAUGAGCUGGGGAUGUGUUAUCUUGAAUGAAAUCUGACACGAUAUUAUGCACAAAACCAGACAUAAUUCUCCUGAAAACAAUAGCUUGUUUUCCCGGAGUCAUAGUACAGCAUUGUUUUUUGCCAAACCACCUCGGUAGUCCCAUAUCACUCUUCUAUGGCCUGUCUUGUCUUAUCUGUAAAAAGAAAUGCCAUUAUAUCUGUUGGGAUUAAGUACGGCAUUAAAGAACUAUCAGUUUUCUGUAAUAGUUUCAUUAUAGACGAGGAGAAACAUCUGAUAAGUAUGUAAAACAAUAAUGUACAUAAAUUCAUUAAAGAUGGAGAUAGAGUGAAAUAUUUUACCACUAAGUGUAAGUAAAUAAAAGUAUGUGUAAGCAGAUGACCUUGAAUCUGUAAGAUCUGCCCAAGGUCUGAGGAAAUGGGUCUGUUACACAGUAGGAAGCAUUAGAGGAUGGCAAUACUGAGUUUUCCUCUAUUUGCAACAGUGUAUCUGGAGUAAAGUUGUUUAAGUUGCCUGUUUGGAAGAAUGAAUAGGUGAGCUGCUUUUAAAUGUCUAUAUUUAGUAAACUAGAGUGCUGUUCCUCUUGUUACAUUUCAGUGUUAAAUGUAAAGAUACUUGUAUCUUACAUCCAACAAAUAGCCAAAUAAAAUGUUUCUCCUCACAUACAAAAUCACCCACAGAAUUCUUAUUUGUUGGCCCUGCUUACCUUUGCUUAAAGAGAAGUGCUGUUGCUUGAUUGCCAGAAGUAUUUUAGUAUUUCAUCUGAUGUAUCUGCUCUACGUUUAGGGCUGAUAAUACAUUUCCUUGCUCUGAGAACAAAAAAUGUGGGGAAUACCAUUACCACUGGCCAGGGCUGAUAAGAUACCAGUUUGGAGGAGGCAGUGUGAGAGGAUGGUGAGGGUGGUAUAUACCCUGUGGUAUAUGAGGUGCAAGAUGGUUUUUACACUCCAGGCACAUCGAGGUGUCUCAGUAGCUUCCCGUUGGAUGACCAGAGCACCUCCUCCAGCACCAGGGGAAAUUCCCAUGCGUAAGCUCUCCUUGGAUUUUUUUGGUAGAGUGUCACUCAAAAUGGUGUGUACCUGGGAUUCACUUGCUCUGUGGUUUCUCUUUUGCCUGAGGAUUUUUUGCCUCGCUGAGCUGAAAAACAUAUAUGACUUAUAGCAGAGAAUUGUCAUUUUUUUCUGCAGUAGCAGCCUGUCUGUCAGGUGGCAAAUACUGAUUACACGUGUGCAAUUGUGUCAUUACAGGUGAUGAAUUCCUACUUAAAUCUCCAACUCUUUUUUAAUCAAGUUAAUACCCUAAAUCAUUGAUAUGCUCUUUUAUAGCUGAAGAAAGAGGCCCUGACACCAGAGUUAAAUCUAAAUCUUCCAGCUCAAUGAUGUGAAGACUGACACUGUCAGCAGGGCCAGGUAUUCACUCUUCCGUCGUUUCCCUGUCCCUCUGAUACGUCCAUCAGUGAUACCUUGGAUCUUUGUCUCUAGAUCUCAAAAUUCUUGUAAAAGUAGUAGACAAGUACCCAGCAGCUUCAUUUUACAUUUAGUAAAUCAGUUGCACUAUUUGACGUAUUUUUUUGCUUUGCUGGAGUUCCGUUUGACCCUUUUUUGUGUGUGCUUUCUACCAAAGAGGAAUGGAGGCGUUCUGGGCAAUGCUGAGUGUGUGGCUUUUUAUGGAAUUUGGCCAUUUUUAGGGUAUUUGGCCACUUAAGAGUAAUUUAGUGAUAUUCGAGAGAUUAUUCCUCCGUAGGAAAUGCCAAGUUAUCCCAGAAACAGAAGAUUUUUCAGGAAAACAGCAGGUUUGUCCCACUGUGUUAAACACAAACACCCUCCUUCUCUCCUGAAUCAAGGGGGGAAAAAAAGGCAGUGUCUUCCUCUAAAUACGCACUUGUGUUUUUUACUGCUUUUAGUUUUGGACUCGGGUUCAUUUCUGCAGUUACUUGAGUUGUAUCAACAAUCCUUUAAAAAAAAAAAAAAGGGAAAAAAAAAAAACCCUGCAGCCGUUUUCAGCGCUUGUUGUUCUUGGCACAGGAUCAGUUCUGGUGUCCAACUGGUAGGACCUGAAACUUGGUGCUUAACAAGUGCCUGUAGUCAAAACAGUUGGUGUGUGCGAGCGCCGAUCUGGUAUUUGCUGCGGCAGGUCAUCUGCCUGCUUUUUUACCGUGUGCAGAAUACCUAAUCACGUUGCUGUGUUUCUGUGACGGCAUCUGUGGCAAUGUGAAUCGUUUCACGUUCCAAAAGUACAUGUUUACAGUCGUCGUAGAAUCAGAUUAAGUUGGCAGCCUGCUCCUCUCUAACGAAGACACGGUUCAAUGUGUAAACCUUCCCCUUCUCCAGCUUCUCCAGCCUGCAAUUCCAGGACAUCCCUAGUACAGAUGAAACCGAAAUCCUGUAUCAGCGGCCAUAACCCUGUCAGCAGCAACUCAAAGCCAUUCAAAACGCCCAAAGACAAUCUACUUACCUCCAGUAGCAAACAGCACACAGUCUUUCCUUCAAAAGUACCACGGGAUAAACCAUGCGUUCCUGUUCCAGUAGUCAGUCUAGAGAAAAUUCCUAACCUGGUGAAGGCAGAUGGUGCCAACGUUAAAAUGAAUUCUGCAACCACUACCACCAUCACCUCUUCCUCGGCCUCUUCCUCCACCAUACCUGCUCCAACUUUGGUCAAAUCUGGUUUGACAUCCAAGUCAGUGCCACCGUCACCAGAAAAGAUUCUGAACGGCAAAGGAAUUCUAGCUCCAUCGAUAGACAAGAAACACCAAAAUGGCACUAAAAGCAGUAACAAGCCUUACAAAAGACUUUCAGAAAGAGAAUUUGACCCAAAUAAACACUGUGGAGUUCUGGAUCCUGAAACAAAGAAACCUUGCACAAGAUCGCUCACCUGCAAGACUCAUUCACUUAAUCAUCGACGAGCAGUUCCAGGCCGUAAAAAACAGUUUGACAUCCUUCUAGCUGAACACAAAGCUCGAUCCAGGGAAAAAGAAGUUGCAAAAGACAAAGAGCAUCCACCGUCUGCAAGGGAAAGCUUUCAGAGCCAGCCCACACCAGCACCAGACUCCCUGUCCGGAUCUUCAGUGAACUCUGGCCAAGAAUCUAAAGUAACAUCUCCUGCAAAAUCCAGACCACCAAAUUCCGUACUUCCAAGACCAUCAUCUGCAAAUAGCAUAAACAGCAACAGUUCUUCAAACCACAGUGGGUACGUACCAGAACUGCCACUGCCUUCCAUGGGAGGAGAUUUAACAAGCAGAUUGUCGAGUGAUGAAGGAGAAGCGGAUGGAGCUGAAGAAUCUGAGAAAUUAGACUGUCAUUUUUCUGGACACCAUCCCAGACCUCUUGGGUUUUGUUCAUAUGGCAGUCGCUUAAUGGGAAGAGGGUACUACGUCUUUGACAGAAGAUGGGACCAUUUCCGAUUCGCACUAAACUCCAUGGUAGAAAAACACUUGAACUCACAGAUGUGGAAGAAAAUUCCUCCCGCAGCGGAUAGUCCCAUGCCUUCUCCUGCAGCACAUGUCUCCACUCCUUUUCCAGCAUCAGUCUUGCAGCCUUUCAGCAACCCCAGUGCGGUGUAUAUUCCUUCAACACCUAUCAGUUCAAGAAUCACUUCUUCUCCCUACAUAAUGACGUCAGCCAUGCUAUCAAAUGCAGCCUUUGUGACAACGUCAGAAACUAAUUCCAUUAUGUCACACACUACAGCUUUUCCUCACGUGGCUGCAAGCCUAAGUAUCAUGGACUCCACUUUCAAGGCGCCAUCAGCUGUGUCACCAGUGCCAGCAGUCAUCCCUUCCCCAUCCCACAAGCCAUCCAAAACAAAAACCAGCAAAUCCUCAAAAGUCAAAGACCUGUCAUCUCGGGGUGAUGAGUCUUCAAGUAACAAAAAGAAAAAGCCGCAGUCAUCGUCAUCAUCGUCCUCGUUAUCUUUGCAGACUUCUUCCUCAUCUUCAUUUUCAGGGUCCCACAAAAAGAACUGUGUCCUGAACCCCAGUUCAACUUUGAACUCCUAUCAGGCUACAUCUUCCUACAACAGUAUGUCUGUGCACAAUACAAAUAACGGAACAAGCCCACUCAGUGCCAAAUCGGAGCCCUCAGGACGGACUUCACUAUCGAGUAGUUCGACAGACUCAGUGAAACACAUGAGCAUGGUAGUGAGCAGUAUUGACUCUUCUAACCUGUCUGUAUCUUCUCUGGUGCACCACUCAGGGGACCACUCCCUGGGAGCGCACAACGCAGUGUCUUCUCUACCCCUUUCGUUCGACAAAUCAGAAGGAAAAAAACGAAAAAACUCUAGUUCUAGUAGCAAAGCCUGUAAAAUCACUAAAAUGCCUGGUAUGAAUAGUGUUCAUAGAAAGAGCACUGCCAACCUUAUUGCUGCAGUGCCAGAUCCUACAAGCAGCUCCAUCUCUCGGCAGAUUGGAAAAAAUAGCAGUGUAGCUUUGUCACAAUCCAGUCCUUCGAGUACAUCAAACCCCGUACACAACAGACAAAAGACAUCAAACCGGACUGGUAGAAUAAGGACUCUUCCAUAACAAGGAAAAGGAACCAGCCUAUAAUCUCUAGCUCUCAGCAGCCCUACUCCACAGGGUUUUUCUUUUCUAUGUCCUGCAGAUGGAUUUAAUCUUUUAUGAAUUUGUGGUUUUAAAGAUCAUUAAAUUUACAGAAAACUGUAAUAGUGAUUUGUUUAGUUUUUCACUUGUAUUUGCCACUGAUCUGUGCAUUCUGCUUGGUUAUGUUUCAUGCCUUUUAAAGCUGUUAGCAUUGCAAUGCUCCCUUUGUUUCCUUACCAGAACACAGCGGACAUUCCAAGAAAAAAAUCCAGAUCAUGAUUUGAAUUUAUUUAAAGGAUCUCCAAAUUUUUUAAUUAAAUUAAAAUUACAGUAAUUCUGUAUUUAAGCUUGUCCUAUGGAUAAAAAUUGAGUGCAUUUCUUAGUAAUUUGCAAACAGCUGGGGCACUGCAACUUUAGGGACUAAUCCUGACUGGUGCUCUGUACCUACAGCAUUUAAUAAUUUCAGUGGGAAUUCUGAGUGUUCAGCCUCUUCCAGGAUCAGGCUCUUAAGGAAUCUAUACUCAGUCAAUGCAUAGAGGAUUUUUGCACCAAACUGUAAUUAAUGUUAUCAGGGGCUCAACAUGCAAAAUCCCCGUCUCUCGGGGGAUUUCUAGACCCUUAAGACCACAGCACUUGAUAACUUCAGUGAACAGUUUGGGUUUGCAAGGACAGGACUUGAGCAGAUUGGCUUGCAUUAACAGAAUUGCACUGACAGUGUUUCUUAUAGGAUUACUGCAGAAUUUUUUAAUGAAAUAUAGAUUUUAUAAUCAGGAAGCCAAUACUAGGUACUGGAACAAUAGUACAGAGGAGUUAAUUUUUAUUUCUACAGUGUUAAAAGUGCACUUAUAUGCUGGUUUAUUUACAUCUUGGGGAAAGGCGAGAGACUGCAAAUAGGGAGAUUAUUACUACUUUCUUUUUUAAAAAAAGAAGGCUUAAGGCAAAUUUUAAGACUAAAAAUGUUUAAGCAAUUCUAAACAAGGCUAGACCCUUUGAAAAAAGUUUAGAAAUAUUCUUAAAAUAAAUUUUUAUAGUGUUAAUUUUGUAAUAAUUUAUGUUUUGCUAUACUUCAGAGCUAACUGACCGGUAUAGUUUCAGAAACAGUAUGAAACUUAGGAAAGUUGAAGCAAUGUUUAUAUUUUUAAGAUGUUCUUUGAAUUAUGUUUUUAUUGUACAUUUCUUCAGACUGAAAAAUGUGUACAUAUCUUUGUUAUUUUUGCACAAUUUUUGUCUUGUUCAGUUUUAGGAGCAGUACUAUGUUGAUUCUUUUAAUUUAUUUUGAGUUAUAAAACUGCAGGAGUUGAAAAAUCUCAGUAACAACGUCAUCCUCUGUAAUCAAUGAACUGCUAUUUCUAGUUGUUGAGGGAAAACAGUGGUUGUGAGAUUCAGUGGUUGCUUCUGAGAAAUAGUGCUAAUCAGUGACUGAAGGAGCAAUGUUGUAGUUUUAGGAAGCUUUAGCUCUUUCCAUGCGUCUUUUCAUUGGAAAGCUGGAAUAUGGAGCCUGUCCUUUGAAUGCUGCUUGAUUUUUUUUCAACUGGCUUACGCCUGACAGCAUUUCAGGAAAGUUAAGCACCGAGUAAAAUCCCACAGUGUUCUUUCAUCAUCAAAGAAUCAUUACUUAAUUAUCUGUAUCAAAAAAAUCAGCCUGAAAAGUGAAAUGGAAGUAAAUCUUUGGAAAAAAUGGAUACAAACUGGACCAGCCUAUAAUGCAUUAUUAGUGUAGCAUUCGCUCAGUAGUUCUUUUUCUUCCCCAUUUGCCUGAAAAUCUUGUGAUUUGUUUCCAGCAAUAGAGGCUCAGAAGCUUUGGUUGUUACACAUACGCAAUGCAUAGGCCCGUCAGCCAUAAAAAGCGACUUGGAUAACUUGUAUGCCUUCUUUUGUAUUGAUGUAACAAUUGUACAUAGUGCUGAUUGACCUUUGUAGAGAAUAGUUUAUACAGCAUAUUCUAUUAUUGCUGAUUCUCAGUGAACUAUUGUUUUAAAAAAAAAAGAAGAAAAAAAGAAAUUUUUCUAUUUACACCUUAUAUUUUGUUAUGCUGUUGACCCAUGGCACUUUAACAAAACUCUGUGGGUUUUGCAUAGCUGGUCAGUCAUGGGAUAUAUUAAAUAACUGUUGUUGCACAGAAAUGAAUUUGCACCUGCUCUAUUGUGCUUUCCUACUACAGAUUUUAGAACCUUUUCCAGAAGACUUUUGAAGAAAGCAUGUCCAAUCAUUCUAAGAAAAAAAAAUGCCAUACUUGUACAGCCAAUUUCUUUUCUACAAUCCAUAUUUUGUAACACUAAGUAUUUUCAUUCUUUGUCCUGCACCUUUAUGUAUUAGCAGUAUCAAAUAGAAUUCAUUCCAUGCUUGUGAUAAUUGUAAGCAGAAUAAAUGUCUAAAGUAGGUGUAAAUAGUAAAUUCUAUGGCUUACAGUUUUAAAAAGGAAAACCAGAACAAACAUGUAUCUGAUUGAUACUGCCAUGGUUCAACACCGGGCCUGGAGAUAUUCUCUAGUGAGCGAUUGUAUUUUUUGUUUUUUGCUUUAUUAUUAUUAUUUUUUUUUGUAACAUGGCUUUGUAAAUAAAAUAAUUUAUAUGUUUGUAAGAAACAGAUAA